GCUAACCAGGAGAAAUCGUUUGUCUUUUCACAGAGCUUUUGUGUUAUCAUUUUCAGACAGAGUAUACCUCUGCGGGCAGAGCGAACUUGCACCCGAAACGGAGAGGGAUUUCAUCGGGAUUUUGCUUUGCCAUCACCUCUAUGGAAGGGCAUGGGUACUCGCUGUCUUUCUUAUCCGCCUAUGCCCCCCAUUUCUGCAUUGGUUUUACUCGUCCUGAUCGGAAUUGGUGUCGACUCAGCUAUUGGAUGUGAUCUUAGAAUGUGUUGGACAAGAUAUCAGGACGCCACUGCAGCCCUUAAAUCUGGAAUUCUCGAGGAUUUAAUGUCAAGUGGAGUUACUGACAAUCCGAAAUGUAUAGUUAUUCGUACAUAUGUAAAAUGUUUAAAUAAACAGGGACAUCGUUCUGAAUGCAAGACAAGUUUGACUUUCCAGUCAGAAAAAAUAGGACAUAAAAAGGCAUUAAAGGAGCUAAACUGUUCAAUUAACGGGGAAGUGUAUGAUCCAGCCGCUAAUACUGUGCCACAUAUUCCACAAGUACCUGAUUCAGAAUUCAUGUGUUCGUAUGAAGGACCGAGGAAUUACAAGCAUUGUGGAUUAUUUGGAGAUCCCCACCUCAGGACUUUCAGUGAUGAAUUUCAAACAUGUAAAGUUGAGGGUGCAUGGUCACUUAUAAACAACAAGCACCUGACAGUACAGGUUACUAACGACCCUGUUGUGACAAGCGGAGCUGCCACUGCUACGAGCAAGCUUACAGUUGUGAUAAAGAAAAAUGAAGAUUGUGCGGCUCACCGAUUUGUGACGUAUGCCGCACAAACGGACCAUUUACCGGGUUCGUUUGAUGAUGGUAGUACUACCUAUGGUCAAGACAACAGCGUAAGACUGUACGAAGUAGAGCCUGGGAAACAUAUAAAGAUAUACCUUAGGUUCAUAGACACAACGAUUGUGGUUCGCCAAAUAGGUCGGUACUUUACAUUUGCGAUCAAAAUGCCACAGGAAGUGAUAAAUAAAAGUAGAGAAGAGGAUGUUCUGGAGUUGUGUGUGCGAGGAUGUCCCCAACAAGAACGGAUUAAUUAUCAAAAGUAUUUAGCAGAAAAGAAAAACAAGAUUUUACCUCCAACCGGUGUCAGUAGUGAUAGCAUUGAAAUGCAGCGGUCAGACGCUGUCAAUUUGUGUAAACAAGCCAAAGUUGUGGAUUUUUAUUUCGAUUCAUGUGUGUUCGAUCUCAUGACCACGGGGGAUAAAGUUUUUACUGUAUCGGCCUAUCAGGCAUGGCAGGACCUCAUCGAGCUUACGCCAGAAAUGAGGCAGACACAAACAAAUCGCACGGACCUUUCAAGGUAUGAUAACAUGCACAGCAGUGCUGCCACCUUCAGGACUAACUACACAUCAUCUUUUAGGAUUUUAGUAUUAACGAUUUUGCUGUGUCUGUGGCACCAGUGCCAUCCUGUAUAACACAGGUGUAGCACAGGUCUCUCGUCAACCUGUGAAACACCUGUACUUGUUUACCUUAUUUAGCAUUUGUGAAUUCUUCCGAACGUCGUAGCCUCAUCCAUACGUAUCUAUGUCACUUGAUUGUUGUCAUGGAUACCAAGCUGUCGUUAUCAGGUAUGAUUAUAUCAUUGUUAAAAUCAUCUUCAUGUUCAUCUUCAUCUUAUUUACAUUCUCAUAAAUCAUGUCCUCAUUUGCAUAUUGCUAAAGCCAAUCAGAGGUAAUAUCUUCUUAUUCCUCCAAACAAAUGGUAGGACUCUGUUUUGUUGACCCACCAAAAAACCUGUUCAUCUGUCCCGCAUGUCCAAACAGCGUUUUAACUUGUAUAUAUCUGUAUAUAGAAUAUAUAUAUAUAUAAAUAUAUAUUGCAUACAAAGGGUAUGAAAGUAUGUGUGGUGAAUGAAAAGAGGAGGAAAGUAUGCAAGUGAAAAAAUGAAAAAAUGAAUGGCGAGUGAGAGGGGAGAUAACUGGCAUGUGAAAAGGGAGAUAAAUCAGAAGGUUAUGUCAGUAGAGGGAUAACUGAUGCUGAAAGCAAAAGAAUAUGUGAUAAUUCAAAUUGAGAAUAAACUGGGUGCUAUGUGUAUAAUGAAUGUUUAAAUGAAAUUGUGUUUAGUGGGAAAAAGUUUCCUUGAAAAGUGUGAUAGAGUGUUAAUUUUGAUCAAGUAUGUUGGAAGAUGGAGACUUAUUAACUUCUAAUCCAAUAAAAUAGAACAAUUAAUUUGAUCACUGAUUAAAUUUGAGAAAUAAAAUUGAAAGUGGUUUGCAUAAAUUAAUUAAAUUCAGAAACUUUCAUAGCAAUGGAAUACAUUGUGUAUAUGUUUCUAUUGAUGAAGUUUUUAAAAUGAAAUUUAAUUUCAAAAUUGAAAUUAUUUUUAUAUUAACCUUUGUGUUAAAAGAAAUUCUAAAAAUUCAUUCAUGCAUAAUUCAGUCAAAUCAUCUGAGAUAUUGGGUCAUAUAUUAUCUAUAAUUAUAUUCAAUAUAUGAAAAUUAAAUCUACCUUUUUGUGUUUGAAUAUCUAUUAACAUAAAUUUAUUGCCUAUUUUAAUUAUAUUCCUUGUGAAUGGGAAUAAAUGGAGAUUAAAUAAUGAACUGGUUUUCAUGUUAACAAGAAAUAUUGAAAGUGUCCUGUUAAAAGAAGAUAUUCUAGAGUGUAUAGAGUUUAUUGUGUUAUUUUGGUUUUAUGUGCUAAUUUAGCCACUAAAUCUUACAAGUAUACGUUAAAGUACACAACAAUAGUUAUAGAUCAAUGGAAACAAAUAUCAAGGGCAUCAUAACUGGGCAGUUUCACAGGCAAUCAUUCCUCAGUGUGUCCAAUUUGAUCUCCUCUUCCAAUAUAGUUGACCAAAAUUACCCACUUUGGUGUACCUGUGGCGAGAUGAAGCGUGUGUAUUAAGUCUGCAGAGAGAUGGUGAGUGUGACAUUUUAGAAUGUAAAUUCUAAUUAAGUGAAUUCUAUUGUGGUAUAAAUUGAUGGAACUUUUUUUUCUUAAAAAAGGCAGAGUUGAAAUAAGCCAACUCGUAACCAAAGCAGUAACCUCUGUAGGGAGGUAGGGCAUUUUACUUGGUAAGCUAUAAAAACUGUAAUGCAAGUCGGUGAAGGCAUGUACCAUGAAAAGGUUGAAAAGGCUAGAAACUCUGACCCUGACUGUGCUCUCAUAAAACUUUUCUAUAAGGCAGGGAUUGUUUAGUGAAUACAAUGAUAAGGGGAAGAAGGCGUGUGUAUGGGCAUACACACAACCAGGACGCUCAGAAAUCCCUGCUUUGUCUGUCACAAACAUUGUCCCAUGGACAGUUAAAGUCCUCAAAAGUCUCGUUGACCACAGAAAGAUUUUUAAUUUAAAAUUUUGACACACAGAGUCUGGUUCAAGUGGUUAGUGGACUGUUUCAUCUCCCUGGUCAGGUGUGCGAGGUUUAAACUAUUUUCUUUCACAUCUCUGCUGGCUUUUGUGGGUAUAUUGUGAAAGGACUUGCCAAAAUCUAUUCUUCUCCUGCACUGACCUGGGUAGAAAAGGGAAAUGAAUCGUGUUAUUGAACCAAAAUUAGCCUGUUUAGCAUCAGCCACGGCUUUGUUAAGUUUGGGGGUGAUGGGCCGAAUCUAAUCCCGGAUGCAAAAUCUUGAAUGAUACAAGUCAGAAGAGUUGAGAUUAGGCUGUGAUAGGUUACAAAAGUACUGGGAAAUAUCAGUCUGCCAAUAUUAUGUCUACUUAAACUGGUACACAUGGCUCAUAUACACUUCAUCUAGUUAAUUGCUAUAAAUCUCUAAAUUCAUCCACAAAAACGAAACGUGUUUCCAUAGAUACACAGAGGUUGUUGGGUAUAAAAGUGAAUGUUGUUUUCAAAAACAGAUUCAAAUAUUUCUGUUUUAAUGCUUAGAUUCCAAGUCUCGACACCAUCAUGUUUUAUACAACUGUCAGUCACUGAUGAUAGGAGUAGAAUGUAAUAAGACCCUUUAUUGAGAUUCGUGUAGAUUUAAUCAAAUCCACCAGGGAAAAACAUGCGGUAUUACUAGCAAAUGUACAUGAAUAUUUGAAAACUGUUUGAAGUCAGGCAGUGCAAACAAUCUAUUUCCGUUUGUCCCUUCACACAAUAUUCUGAUGUAAAUGCCCAUUUUACUCAAAAUUAAUGUUUAAAGAGUUUUAAUAGGUAAAAUAUUUUUUCUGUGGAACACACUCUGGAUUCAAAUUUUUAACUGUUUGGUGUUUUUUAAAAGCACUGAAUAACAGUCCAUAAUUCAGGCAGAUUUAUUAUAACUGCUUCAGAAAAUAUAAUAUGUUUACGCUUUAGAGGUUCUUAAAAUCUUUAUAAACUCACUGGAGCAGUUCGAGAAACAGCUCACCUCCAUUUUAUUGGAGCAGUUUUUACAUCACACUACUAUAUCCUCUCUUGUGAAUGGCAAGACACACAGAUUUGUUCCCCUGUUUGGUGUCGUAGGCCCCUCCAGUGACACCAGCGUUCCUCCACACAUGUGAUACCUUGAGUAGGACUGUAAACCCUUCAGGAGCUAUAUAUAUGCCCCUUCUUUCUCUAUCCCGAGCCCUCUCUCCUUCAGCCGGUUUUUAUGGCUAUAUGGUUGAGAGCCUUCUCGGUCUUCCCUCCCUCUAUAUCUUGUGUGCUGUAGUGUUUAGAAAGCCUUAUCAUGAACUCAAUCUUCCUAGGUUUGAUGUGCACACCUGCACAAGUAGUUAGUGUGAGUUGAGUAUAUAUACAUACAUAUUUACGCGGGGCCAGGCAGGGGGAAACUGUGUAACUUAUAUAAAGGGUUGCGUAGAUUUUAUGGCGUUUUUGACAGCUUCUAACCUUCCCAAAGUUCCUGGUUAUAAGAAGUGUUGGCAGUUGCACAACUUAUUCAGAAACUAAAAACUAGUAGAGAUAAAAAAAUAUCAUCCAAAUAUUCAAGAGUAGGAUUUUACAUCUGAGUGUGUCUUGAUUUGGCAAAUUUCCACAGACAAAUUUUAAAGGUUUUGUGUUUUCUUUUGAUGUUUUCACGCUACACUUAAAUUUAGAUUUCGGUUAGGGUUUAUUUGUCAUAAUACACACUAUUCAAACGUAAUCUGAUACAUAUGUAAUAUAUUCUCAUUGCCAAAUAUUGUUUAAUAAACACAGUAAGAGGUAUUUCAGAAAGAACAUAGAUGAACCCUCUCACCCUUCAUAGUAAAGACAGGACAUGAGACAAACCUUUUGUAGCAUUCAAGGCGAUAAUCACAGUGUAAUCAUAAAUGUUCAGUUGUUCAUGUACAUUUAAUGUUUGAUAUUACCAACUAAACGUGCAGAAGAUAAUGAUUUUAUUUAGAAAUUACCAAAGUAAUGAAGGAUAUCAUGCCACAUUAACCAAAGCGUAAAUACCUUUCAACAUUGGUAGUUUUGUGGAAAAUAUUUAUUUUUAAUUUCUUAUUAAGUAUUAAUUUUUUCUUUUUAACUACCCUGUACUAUUCAGUAUUGACCAUAAAAGCAGUAAUUCUGAAAUUCCUUGGUCCGUCAGAAAGAAAACAAAAACAAAAACAAAAGCUUACUGCUUUUAAUAGUUCAAUUAAACACUUUUUAAAUAGGUAGACUAUGAAUAUGUAUUGUGAGCCACCAACAAAAUUAUCGACUUUUAACAAUGUUUAGUGACUGUUUUCCCAAGGUACCUCACUAUCCCCUUCUCCAUUGGCCCGGUUGUAAUUGAGCAGUAAAUCUUGGGAAUGGAGGACCUGGGUCAUACCAACGUAGAAGAGUAUCAUAUAAUUUAUUUUAUAGCUGUUUCUGAUCUCGGCUUUUAAAAAGCACAAAGAGGGAUUGACCUAUCCCUGCCAAACGUGAUAUUUAGGUAUAAUGCUAGCUUGUACAACCUGUUGAAUGGUCAUUCUCGAUUUUCGCUUCAAGAAUAUAAACGUUGAUAUUUACUUUCUAGACGUUUGGGAGAAAACUACCUUCAGAAUUGUAGAAUUAAUGUGCUGGUGCUUAAGUAUACUUGAAGAAUUGCAAUAUGUUCAGGCAAGAUCUACUUUGACUUUAGUAUUCAUCCAAACAUCAUACGUAUUGAUAUGAUUGUAAUAAAUCUAGUAAAUUAUGUUGUAAUAAGGUAGAAUAUAUCCAUAGAAGAAAUUGUUAAUCUGUGGCAUUUUGACUAUUUAGAUCUAUGUAAGUGAAGAAAUACUGAUUAUACAUCACCAGGGUCAUGUGUAGUUUAUAUGAUGAUCACUGAUACAACUAAUGAGUUUAGUAUGGGCUUUGUCAAGUUGUACACUGUGACCUCGCUAUCCGAUUUAGUUGGUAUGCUGACGUAAAUCUGCCUCUAAGAUUUGGAAUUUGGAAUGCUAGAGUGUGACUCCGCUCUCAUGUUCACACCGAAGAAGCUUCAAACACAACUAUUCAACACAUAAUUCUUAAAGGUUGUCUAGGUUACGCUAAUAUACUGUGCAAAUUAUUUUACCAACGGCACAGAAAGGGAGCGGGAUAUUUUUACUCGAUUAUUAUGAAGCACACUUCCAACAAUAUGGGUGCCAUAUUAACACGUAAUGUACACAUUUUAUAUAAACAACAAAGGCAGAAAUGGCAUAUAGUUAAUAGGAAACAACUGUGAAGUCUUAAAUGCUUUGUGAAAUUGAAACUCAGAAAUAGGGAUAUAUAGCAAGUUUACAAAUUAAAUCCACAUGAUCUAACAUAUCAAAGCCGCAGCUGCAGUCUGGUACGUAUCAACCUAAACCAGUCCAAUACCGCUGUAUCAGACGCAUGCAGCCAGUCAGAAUCCCCGUUACUCUAAACUGAUGGUAUUCGUAACCAAUCGUCGUUCCUGUUACAACCUUCCAUUCCUUUAAUUCAUAACCAAUCGCCUAAUCUGUAGCUGUUAAUUGGCCUCAUUAACCAAUCAGAUUGUAUGUCACUCUCAAUUUUCUCCGAGACUAAAUGCUAUGGUCAAUGUUCCGUUGAAUGUUUCUGCCAAAUCUAUUGUUAUUCCUUGGUUAUGUCAAGACUGACCCACCGUAGAUGAUAACUGUAUAUAGUUGUGCACUUUCUCGAAUUUACAUACCCUCCAAACAUUCGUAUUCACUCUCACGUCUUGUAGAAGCGUCAUCUAAAUUGUUUAGACAGUUGUGGAAUUUUAAAUAGAUGAAUUCAUGUGAAUUGGUAAUGUAUAUUUGCAUAUUAACAUAAAAAGCGGGGGCUCUGCAUGUUUGCAAUUCGUUCUGAAGUUUGAUGUUUUCCACCCAAGUUGAUGUUAGCCACAUUAUGGUAUGGCCGACUGAGAAAAAUGAAUGUCCUGCGAGAUAGCCAUUAGUGUCAGCUACAGCGUGGAAGUUCCGUGUAAAUGACAUGUCAACUGUUUAUGAAUAUAUGCUACGUUUAGGUCUUAGCUUUGAAGCCAGCUGUGUGCUGAAUAGUGUGAUAUUGUGUCGUUAUAUGUACAUUUUUCUCCUUAUGUAAACGUAUCACUGGGGACAGGAAUACAAAGACAUUAAUACUUGUAAGUCCUCACACGCGAUUCCAACGUCUCAUACACAGCUGAUAUUAUGGGGGCUUGUGUUUGGUGUAAAUGAAAUUUAAUAUUUGAUCAUACCGGUUCAUUCAGCUGAAGAUAGCCUUUAAUAUAUUUACCAUUUUAUACCCAUUUUCCGGUAGGUGGAACGGUCCAGAUCAGCUGAGGUCACGGUGUAUCAAACGUUACAUACAUUAUUGUCCCUAUGGAAUCACCCAAAUCAAAGCGGGGAAGAAUCCAUUCCAGGGCAGUCGGGACGACAUAGUAAUCAAUGUUUUUCCUAUGUCAGUCGAUCGGGCUCUCUGUUGCGUGUUGGUCGUGGAGUUUGCUCUAUAUGGCCUUACUCACUGAACACGAAUGCCGACUUCCGAGGUUUGGCCUGAAAUAUCACCGACCCUCAAUAAUCUCGGGUUACCCCCAGUACCUGACUAAAGAUAUUUUCUUAAAGCACAUAUAGAUUAAAAGGUCGCUGUGAAAUGACCCUUGCAAUGAUUGCACAUAGGCAAUGGGGGCUAGGCAUGAAAAUUAACCCGGGCUUCUACAUUCUGAAAUGGUCCACAUAGUGCAAUUGAGGCUUUCCCCUUUAAAUGUAUUGUUUUGAGAUUCAUGUUGUGGUCAUACUACGAUACCGAUCGUGGUAGGAUCAUUACUGGAAUGACACAGGUGAAUGUAGGUUUAAUUUAAACCAGAAAAAGAGGUAUUGUUCACGAUAUUGAAGGCUACAGUAUAGACAUGUAUGGCACAAUCUAUUUAUUUUCUCUUAACAUUUAAUGAUGAUGAAUUUCAAAUUCGAAAGCUUUAGUUUAUUUAAAGCCUGGGUGAACUAGAUACUUGGUGUUUGGUUUUGUGAAAAUAAGUUUUAUAAACAACCUCAUUUUGGCGAGUAAUUCGUGACAGUAUUUGGCGAAGGUUUGAAUGCUAGCAUGGUGUAUAAAAAAACUGAUCGACUAUAUACCAAUGACGUAAAAUUACAGUACCGGGAACAAUGUUUAUUCCCUUGAAGUAUUCCCAUAUAAUUAGACACAUCACAGGUGCCUGACUCGUUUUAUAAAAUAAUAACAUAUAGAGUACAUAUAAAUGAGAGUACUCUAUAUGUUAUUAUUUUAUAAAACGAGUCGGGCACCUGUGGACACAUGUAUUAAAACGUAAAAAUGAGUUAUUCCUCAAACUGUAGAGUAGAAAUAUAUUGAAUGUACUAAUCUGGAAACGUGUUAAUUAUUUCGAAACAGUGAAAAUUCUUACAGAUAAGCCAAUCUAACAUAGUUAUUUGCAUGGACAUUCCCUGUGUUUUACAAGAACAAAGUGUUUACAUGUUUUCUCGCCUUUGCAUCACACCUGGGGGUUGUAUAUUUUUUUGUGUCUUAUUAGUACACACCUUUGAGAUGUAAACUACACGGCCAGUACUUAGUGGUAGGCUAAUAGAUCCAUCUUGUUGUGUAGCCCCCUGAUUACCGGCCGCCGUAUAGUAUUAGGACCAUACAUAACACGCCUGGUGGCAAAGGUGGGACGUUUUCCAUCAUUGUCACUCAGACGCUUGUCAUUUGUGUCAUAAAGACCCCUUCUUCCUACACUGCCCGCUGGCUUAAUGUUUAGUCGGCUUAACACUAUCUCUGUCUCUGAUUUAUGUUCUCAAAAUUGAUCUCGAGACAAUAAAAGAUGCAUUUCUACAAAGUGAAAUUCAAUUUAAUGAUAGUUGAAUAUUUUAUACACUAAUGUCUGCAAUUAUAACUGUUAAAUUAAGGAAAAGCAACUGUCUACACUGUAGGUUAAGUUGUCGAGAUCUGCUGAGGCACUAUCGUUCUGUGAUAGGGAUCUCAACAUGCAGAUCUCUAGAUAACGGUAUAUGACUGUGUGUAUAUACGUGUGAAAUUUUAUAAUAAUUGUAUGAAAUAAUUUAUCUUAGGAAUCUAGAUAUAUAACUCGUAAAACGGAAGUGUCUACAUUAGGACUUAUAAAAUAGGCGUAAACAGAAUUACUUUUGAUGUAAAAACUGUAAAGCUGUAGGAACGUUUUUUUUUUGUUUUGGAAAGUGGGUAAAACUUCAGUUAGAUAUUUGAUAAAAAAAACGUAUUAUAUCUUUCGUCAAAACAUGACAUUUAGUAGUAAUAGUACCUUGUAAUUCUUAAAUGAAAUAAGAUACCGUUUUGCAAUUCCAAAUCGGGUAGGACUGAACAUAAUACAUGUAUUACAUUCUAGAUAAUUCUUCUUAAGUUUGUUUUAUUAUUGUACAUUUUAAAACACUGCAUGUACAUUUUAUUGUUCAAGUUUAUUUGUGAUACUGACGUACCCUGUUUUAUAGGGCCCACUUUCAACUACAUAGCUUUGUUCUUGUUGAAGAUAAACCAUUUAUGUAUGAUAAGUAUAAUUACUGAAUAGGCGACUUCCGAGGAGAUAAGAUCAUAUUCAUUCAUACUUGAAACCACAACUUCGUUACUCCAUUAUUGCAAAUAUGUAUGGUUGAAUAUUUCUUAUAGCCAAACUUAUGGUUCAUGAACAUUGGCUUCAAGGCUGCUUCAAUGAAAUUUUAUAACACACACACCCUACCAUCCUACCAUCCUACCACCCUCCCCCUCCCCCUCCCCCAAAAAAAGAAAAAAAGAAAAAUGGGUUUAAUCGGGGGUUUCUGGCGUUAUAGCUCCAUUAAGUGACAUAAUUUAUGUUUACAAUUUAAUCUAUCCCGAUUACAACGGUGAUUUCUAGCUGACGGGAGAUUUUGUACUUUUUACAUAACUAUAUUGGUUAUUAUGGGUGAUAAUAUCCGAAUUAAUUUUAGCCUAUAUAAAUCUUCGUUUCAAACAACAUUAUUUUAUUUUUUAAUAUUCAUAAAGUUAUAGAAAACUUAAACAGAAGCUAAACUAAAUAAGGUAAUAACACAAGUGUGAUCAACUUAAACAGAAGCUAAACUAAAUAAGAUAAUUACACAAGUGUGAUCAACACAGAUAAUCUUGUAUGAUUUCUAUUUUAACGUUGUAAUGACGUGUGUGUAUAAUAUCAUUCGAGGAGGGUCUCCGACGUAGGAACGACUUAAGUCAAAGGUGUUUAUUUGUUGGUCAUUUAUCAUUGUCAAAGGCAUAAUUUAUCAGUGAAGUAGAUGUCUGUAUAUAAUCGCGUGUAACAAAGCUACUUAUUUAAUGACUAGAGAAAAUGUUACAUGUAGGAAACUAGCGUGCUUCCCGUCUCUCUAAUUGAAGAGUGAUCGUAUAUAUUCGUGGAUUGAUUUUAAAGAUGUUUAUGAUACUGAAAGAUGACUGGUAGAGAUAUGUUCGUGCGUGCGGUGAAUAUAUCCAUUUCGAAUAAUACCAACUCGUAAAUAGCCAUUUAUUUCUUCUCAAGUUCUACGUAUUUUUCGUAUUUUGAAACGUAUAGGAAUAAGUCCAUAACAUGGCUAAAUGUUCCACUUUAGAUGCCAGGGAGUAAUAUACGGCUGUUCAGGUGACAUAUAUAUUUAUGUGGUGGUAGUGUACUCGCCAACACUUCCCUUGUUUAUCUGGCAGAUGACCCAAGCGAGAACUGUGAUUAUACGGAGAUAGACUAUCACUUGAUAUUUCGGAGAUGAAAAUUUGAGAUACGAUUAUCUAAUUUGGGGACAUAUUUGGAAUUCAUAUGUAGAUAGCCAUAUUAAAUCAUACAAACUCUUUAUCGAAGCAGCACGAGGGCUCAAGGCUGUCAAGUGGGAGGUUUAUGUGUGUGUGUAGCGUUUUAAUUUCUGAAGGGCCGAGUCAGAAGGGAUAAAUUUGUAUGCUAAUGAUACCUGGUUCAAACGUACACUGGUGUUCCGUAUUUAAAUAGUAUCUUCUCAAGAUUUAUUUCAUUAUUUUUAUCAUUUUGACCUGUUCACAUCUAGACGUUUAACGUUAUAGUGCUGUUGUCCUUGCUGCUCACCUUGGAAUCUGAUUUGUGAGUUAGCAACAACACUAUAGCCAUGUACACAUAUGAUAAUCACCUACCACCUACUAUCUAUUGUUUAGUCUACUAAGAAACAUAAUACACAUACUCGUUUAUAAUUAUCAAACUGAUUCAUUAAAGGGUAUGCAGUAUUCCCCUUCUGUAGUUAAACCUUAGUUUCGCUCAGUUUUGAUUUUACUAUCUUUACUCUGUGAUUUCCAUCUUUCUGACUCCUAACAUCAGCGAUCACAAUUAGUCCUAAAAGAACAAAAAAAAUGUACAAAGCAGCCUCAUCCCUUAUUUGGUCAUACGCUGUUAUUUAACCACAUUUAAAUGUAUUAUCCAACAUUGACUUUUGUGCAAUAUUAAGCUAGGAAUGAGUAUGAUUUCAUUUCGUUGAAAAAUUACGUGUUUCGAAAGUGUACUAGCACCAUAACAAGGAACCCAUCUGCAAACCACAUUAGAAAAUUCAAAACUCUAUAAAUAUUCUAAACUAGAACAAGGUUUUGCCAGAUUGUAAUUUUAGAUCAAGCAAGAGCUGUUUAAUUCAAUCUCGGGGGCAUAUAAUUGUGGCAGAGCUGGGAGUAGAUAAUAGCCAUAAAACUUUAACUUGAAUUGUUGGAAUAUGUUACUUCAAGACUGCAUGGGCGUAAAAUGUCUGAAUGUCUAAAAAAUCUGGGGGUUUUUUUCUUCCUAGUUUCUCUCACAUUCUUAUGCUAUCACAAGUUGCCCGCUAUCGUGAAAGUACGGAAACAGAACAUAUGGUUCUGUUUUGGUGGUAAUUUUUAGUCACAUGUAUUACAUUCCGUUUCACCUCGGAUGUUGGUACUGGGGGAUCCACCAUACACCCAAGCCUGCCUACUAUCGAGGAAGCUUGCGGAUGAGGGUCACUCCAUCGCUCUCUACACCAGUCCCUGGGACGAUACGGAUAUACACGCGUAGAAACGGGGGUACGGGUUUUUGUUAGAAUUACUCAAAUUACAGUUCCUCAUUCGUUUCACCUGUUUUAGUUUAUUUUCGGUUUCCUUCGCUAAAGCUGUACAGCUCUGUCAAACCACAACACUUUGGUAGUACAGAACGUUACGCGUGUACAGCCAUGCCAGCUCCCAAUGUACCGAGACUCUUGUCAGCCAGUACGUUUAUUCUUCAAGGCAUUGCGAUGAUGUUGUUUUGAUUUCAUCUAUCUCCGCCUUGCUAGUGACCAGUGCCUGUGGAUACGUAAGAAUACAGGCAAAGCCGUCUUGUUCAGGCAUUAUUAAUGAAGCUGGGCAAGCAGGUGUGUGGGGCGACUUUCUACAGUAAUUUAUCGGAUAGAGUCUGUUUCAUGUCUCGAAUGAUUACCAGGUCAGUUUAGUAUUUCACGAUUUAGGAGUGAGAGGUGCUUCGCGGGGCUGCAACGAGAUGUGUUAGAACAUAUAAUCUGACAGUUUAUUCUCUGUUUUACAUACAAUAGCCCGUUGGAGUGCAUAUGUUCUCAUACAUCAAGGCAUUACUUUUAUUAAGGGAGAAAAUUGCUUUUAUAGCAUACAAUCCUGUGUUCUCUCCGAGGUAAUGUUACCGUAUUAUCAAGGAUACCAGUAUGUUAGCUUCUCGCUUCUGGGUCUUUUAUUAGGAUCAGGAGUGACGCGGAUUCCAUCGAAAAUAGGCUAUGCAAAGGAAACCAUUCUCGUGCUGAUGCCGAGAGGAACUAACGAAGUUAGCAGUGUUUUGACUGAUAACCGGUAGAGUUAGGCGGAGAAAAACGAGUGGGUCAGAAUCCUCGUUCACAGGUGCAAGCACAGACCCCCUAUUUAUCAAAGCAGUUCUGACACCAGCGAUAGCCUCGAACUUCACAAGAGAAUUUGCAUUUGUUUAUGUUACAAGAGAUUGCAGCUGAUAAAACCAUACUGUGGGGGCUCACCACAGGGGUUUUUAACGUGGCUGUAUACACCUGUGUUAUUGUGUUCUAAGUCUGGGAAUAAAGAGAGGAUCAGUGUGGUACGAUACAGCGAUAUUUCUAUUGUCAAAACUAGUUCGGUCCGUUUAGGGUAGUAUCUGUUUAACAGGGGAAUGUCACUUCAAUAGCAACUGAUAGAAAUCGACAUAGGAAAUCACAGAGAAUAACUAUAAUAUUACACUGUGGAAUUCAUAUUUAUAUAAAGAUAUUACUAUUUAACAGUUUGGUAGCCUAACAACCUUUAGAUAUGUUACAUGCCUUCACUGAAUUCAUUAUUGCGAUGAUGCCAUGAAUGUUUGAUCUGUGUUAUAGCAAACAUGGAUAUUAAAAUAGAAAAAAACUCCAUGAAAAAAAAUUAAAAACUAAAAAUUUUAA